AAAAGACCCGAUCAGGUGAAUUAGUUGUGUUAUGAGGCUUCUUCUCUUACUUCUCGUCUUCCUCCCGUUGAGCAUUGCUGAUUAUGGUGAAACUGAUGUUGAAAAAGAAAAACGCUUUUGUUCUGAAGGGUGCCCAUACCUAUUGAAAACGGAGGGUCCAAAUGCUAAGUUCGACAUAAAAAAAAUGAUGGGCAAAUGCAAGAAGGAUCCCAAAGUACCGAAAAUAAUUUGUGAAAUGGUGAACAUAUGGAAGAAUGACCCAGUUACAAAGCUUAUGCAAGAUGACACAUGGAAAGAGCUGCUUUGCGAUCCUUGCAACAUUGCUGCUGUUAUUGAACAAAGAGAGCAGUUGUGCUCUCAAGUGUGCCCACACCUAGCAAAUUCGGUCAAUCCAAAUGCUAAGAUCGACAUAAAACAUCUGUGGGAAAAUUGCAAGCAGAAUCCGAAAACACCAAAAACAGUCUGCGAAUAUGCGAACAAAUGGGAAGAGGACAAAUAUUUGAAGAAAUAUGGAAAGUAUCACACAUGGAAAGCGGUUUGCCAGUCUUGCAAGUAAUUUGUCCUUCUUGUGAAUUGCAAGUUGUCUUCCGCAAUAUAAAAUCAGAAAACGUCACAAUGUUAUUGGUAAUGACUUCGGUAUAAGUUGAUGG